AUGUCCUCGACUUUGAACAUUAUAGUCGAUGCGUCUCUAUCAUCUUCCUUUGACAUCUUAACGAGCCUCAGCACUUCUGCGCAACGACAGCGCGGUAAACAGGUUGAGGUAUGUGCACGGAGGAGCAGUGACUGCCCUGUGGCACAAGCCAUCUUGGUGUGGGAUUCGAAUGGGUCUGUCGAGGAGUCGAUGUACCCCAGUCGAUCUGGUACCCACCGCGAGCGGGUUCCAUACCAAGGGAGCGCUUCUGAGAAGCACCUGGAGGGUGUGAGUGCGAUAAGCCGCGAGGCUGCCCGCGUAGACGUGGUUUUACUAUUGGAAACGAAGCAGGCAGUUCUCUUUUUGCAGAAAGCUGCUCGAUCCGUUAACGCGUGGGAGAGGUACCUCGAGGCUAUCUGUGAGUCCAUAGCGGCGUAUAUAUGGGGGCAAGAGUUCCCUGACGAGACUUCAUUCCAUAGUAGCACCUGCCAUGAUGCCACCAUUAGUGAUGCCUACGCAGGUUCUCUUAACGAGCACGUAGGCAUUUCUUCUCCAGAUUCUUUCGUGGGGAACGCACAGUCUGAGGAUGAGCGGCAAUUGCGGUUGCACCUCGUUGUCGUACCACGGGGCGUUGCUUCGGGUGACGUGAACUCCCUUUCUUUCCCUGCUUCUGCACUUCCUGGUCACCAUGGUACGCCUUAUGCAAACACAACCAAUGGGGUUUCUGGAGGUGGCGGCUGCGAUAUUUCCAACAAGGAUGCAGCUGAGUUGUUCUCUUCAGCCGUGAUAUGGUCUGCCAAGUCCAGACAUAUUCGGGUUUUGGGUGCAUACACAGAGACACUGGGAGUUACACUAGUUGAGGGAAAGCCCUCUGAUGCGAACGAUAAGCACGUAUCUUUUUCGGUUGGGCUUGCGAUUGGGAACUGCACAACCGUAGCUACGCCUGAUCAGGCGACUCACAUCGUCCUUGCUCUCGCCCACACGCGUCUGAAGUCUUUAUCGGCGGUCGCCGCAGCUCAGCCAGUGAAGGGGCCGAAGGGGUUGCACGAUGGCUCCGAUCGGGGUGAUUCGCCCCCCCCGCAACUCGGCAAAUCUCUGGGCACUUUGUCGACGCGGCAAAUUCGCCCGGAUGCGCGGUAUAAGUGCGAGCCGCACGACUUCCAGAAGCUGUACGCCAGCAUGCUUGCUGAGGUUGGUUCCUACUCUGAUCGCAAGACAAUUGCCUUGAUGGCAGCUUUCCCUACAAUGCAUCAUCUUUUAUCGCAUCUACAUAACUUUGUUCUGGCUAAGCAGCAUCAGCAAUGCAUAUCGAAUGCUUUCGACCCCGAGGCAACAGUUAUGACAGGUUUUGACGAUGACACAACCACAAUGCUGGGGGGAGACCCACUGGAGGCAUCAGCUGCUUCCUUUGGGAGCGAGCUAAGAGGGCUUGAUGACUCCUUGAAAAGCGCCUCCAACGGGUGUCAUGAUGUUGAAGCUGUGCUCUCGCCUGUCUACAGCACAAACUACGGGGAAUCCAGGAGUUGGAACGUCUUAGACAACGCAAUCGUUGAUGCUUUAAUAACCGACUAUCGUCAAAAGAAGGAGUGUUAA